AUGGCGAGACUCCAAGUAGACACCUACGUCUCCCCAGCCAUACUAGUCACAACCGGCUCUCAAGACCCAACCAAGCAAUGGUGGUCCCCAAUCACAAGUACCCUAAUUCAUGGCCCCACAUCCGCAGUCCUAGUCGACACCCCGAUACCAAUCAACCAGACCGAAAACCUAGCAAACUGGAUCAAAAAGACCAUUCCCGGAAAGGAACUAAAGUACAUCUACACAACUCAUGCACAUGGGGACCAUUACCUGGGAAACCCAGUCCUCCUGGGACACUUCUCGAAUGCCAAAAGCAUCGCGACAUCCCUCGUGGCCAACGAGAUUAAGAAGACACUAGCCAUCGCGGUCCCAAGAUGGGAAGUGUGGUUUCCCAACGGCCAGAUUCUCAAGGAGGGCCUGGUCGCUCCCGAAGCUCUCCCGGCGAACGGGGCAUUUUCGAUCGACGGAUGCGGUUUCCUUGGAAUUGACGUUGUGCAUUCCGACACAAUUGCAUCGUCCUUCCUGCACGUGCCGGACCUUGACCUCGUCGUGGCGGGGGACAUUGUUUACGGCGACUGUUUUCAGUUCCUGGCUGAGGCCACAACUGCGGAGAAGAGGAGGAAUUGGCUGGAUGCUCUUGACCAGAUUGCCGCUUUGAAGCCGAGCAUCGUGGUCCCGGGUCAUAAGCGGGCGUCGCAGGCGGAUGGGCCGUACUUGGUUGAUGCGACUAGGGAGUAUAUACUGGCGUUUGAGGAGGAAUUGAGCCGGUUGGGGAUGCGGAGAGGGUUGAAGAGGCCAUGA